UUGUGGUUGUAGAAGACAUAAAAAGAUGGAAAACUAUGUUGGAGCUUCCUGAUCAAACCAAAGAGAAUCUAGUUGAUGCCUUACGAGAAUUAAAGAAGAAAAUACCCUCCAGGGAAGUGUUAAAAUCAACAAUGAUAGGUCACACUGUGAACAAGAUGUGUAAACACUCAGAUUCAGAAGUGGCUUGUCUUGCCAAAGAAGUUUACACUGAGUGGAGUACUUUCAUGGAGAAAUAUUCAGAUAGACCUUCCAUUGAAGUCAGAAGUGAUCCCAAAACCGAGACAUUGAGGAAAAACGCCCAGAAAUUAAUCUCAGAAGCCUUGGAAUUAGAGAUGGAUCACCUACUGGUUGAAAAUAUCGAGCGGGAAACGUUUCAUCUCUGCUCCCGCCUCAUUAAUCGGCCGUACAGGCGGACGGUGAGAGCCCUGGUCUUCACAUUAAAGCACCGAGCUGAAAUCCGGGCUCAGGUGAAGAACGGCUCGCUGCCGGUCGGCACAUUUGUACAGACCUACAAAAAAUGACCUGAAGAUGGUUCCAACCCUGGGCUGGGCAGAAAGGAAAAUGUGCCCCUCACUGCCAUUCAAAGACUCUUUUGAGUUUGGUGAUAGCUGAUGCUGGCUGUGCUAAAUUUUCCCAUGGUGCUGUUCCUUCAGACAGAGGCUGCAGAGAGCCCUGGGAGACAGGCCUGCAGGAAAUGCUUCAUUAGCUGUAGCGCGUUGAUGCUGCCUAACAGGACAUGUGCUGGCUGUCACUAGGAAGCGCUGCUGUACGGUUGCCAUCACCCAACAUGGCAAAAAGGUGACGGAUUUCGCUGCGAGUAUGCCAAGGACACCUCUAAAUUUCCCCCAUGUCAGGCAGAUGAAGUUACUACUUUAUUUCGCCACCCUGCAGGUAACAGAAACUCAAUUACUGCUGCCGCUCACUCGGUGCCAUCCCCCUGAGUUUAGAUAGCUCUGGUGCCUCUCAGAACUCCCCUNUAUCUUCUCU